AUGAUGUCUCAGAGUACUCAAUCUCAGUCAACUCAUCAGACUCCUCAAAUGAAUUCCUCUUCAAACUCAGUUAUAGGUGCCUCUCCAACUAAUCCAUCCGUUAUGACAUAUAAUCCUACCUAUAAUAAAUGUCUGCCAAAGAUUCUUUCGGACCUCGAUUGUGAGAUGCGAGUCAAGCAAGUGCUCAAGUGCAUCGAGAUGAUGUUGACUGAUGGAGCAGAGGAUAUCUCCAACACGCCAUCGAGUCAUCCGCUAUCUGGUUCGACCAGUGGAAUCAAUAAUCCCGCCCAAGGACAAGCAUUCACUUCAUUCAAGUUGUCGUCACCCACAGUCACUGGGCAGUCGCCAUCGCCUUCACCGAUGCUCGAUCGCCAAGUUCCAACUCCCAACAAGAAGGUCCGUCGAUCGGAAUCGCUGGACGAUGAAUCAAAUGUACAUUUAACACCAAAUAUCACUUCACUUUCUCUACAACAACAAUCACCUCUACGCAAUGGUGUUGCCGUCGGAAAUGCAUCUCCAAAGAACAAAAUUAAAAUCAAUAUUGCUCGAAUGGAUGAUCAAGUAAGAUUGAACAACAAUGGAUCUCCAGUGCAACAAGCAACCACUCAACCAUCAAUGAAAAUGGGAGUCCCUCAACCAUCACCCACAAACAACUCUUCCACACCCGAUGACAAUAGUAAAUUUAAACAAUCAACAGAUAAAUUACAAUUGGAUUCAAAGGAUGGAAAACAAUCAAAUGUACAAAUACAACAUGAAAUUAAUUCACUUCAAUAUCAAGCAGCUGCUGCAGCAGCUCAACAACAACAACAACAACAAGCUCAACAACAACAACAACAAUAUAUUAUAAAUCAUGGAAUUCCAAUGAAUAUGGGAAUGAUUCAACAAAAUACACAACCAACACAACCACAAAUCAUUACAGAAGAUGGAAGACGUGUAUUAACCUAUCCAUAUGAUGUUAAUAAUCAUCAGAAUAUAGUUAAUGUAGUCCAUUUACAACAACAUCAACAACAACAACAAAUUCAACAACAAAAUUUAGAACAACAGAGAAGACAUUCUUUUAAUCCAUAUGAUAUGUCUAAAAUGACUCAGGAUGGUAGAAAUCCAUUUUCGGUUGACCAAGCAGCUGUACUUGAACAACAAAGACGCUUGUCCUAUACUUUUGAUCCAAAUCAACCUCAACCAAUGAUGCAACAAGUUCAUUUAAUGCAUCAACAACAAAUUAAACAACAACAACAACAACAACAACAAUCUAAAUCAGAUACAACACCACAAUUAAAACCAGAACCACAUUCAUCACCUAUCAUUCAACAACAACCAUUUGUAGAUCAAGCCAAUCAAAGAAAUGAAUUUUCUUCUUCACCAUCGGUUGCACCUUUGUCUGACUUGUCCAAUGAAACUAAACAUUUCAAAUCAUUAGAAUCCGAUUCACAACAAGUCCCAUCAAAACCAAAGGAAUCGCUAGACCAAUUGGAAUCCAAUAAAACUGAUCAACUAAUUGUUAAAGAUCAAUUAACAAAUAAUCAAUCAUCAAAUAAUAAUCAACAACAACAACAACAACAUCAAACUAAUUUACAACAUCUUCAAUCAAAUCAACAACAACAACAACAACAACAAUAUUUAACACCAUUACUAACUGGAACAUAUCCAGCGCCACCCAUUGGAGGUACCGAAGAAUAUAAUUGGAUAUUUUCUUUUUUGGAUAUUGAUAAUCAAAAUGGUAAUGAAAAUCAACCAAUUCCACAAUAA